GAGCCGAGUCGAGCGGUCGUGGACCUUGGUGUAGUAAUUCUUAAACGUUGUAAUGAUUGUGUUUUGUUAGCAAAAUACGCGAGUGUAGCCGCGUUCUAAUAACCUACCUACUAGUUGAGGCGCUUGCGAGUGAUUGUUUCUCCGGGUCAAGACAGUUCACUGCCGCUCCGUUGUCUGGUCAACGGGGGUCGUCAUCGUGCGUCGAGGAAUUGAUAUUUUUCAAAAUGACUCUCUUAAUUGCAACAUUUGCAUUACUGUGUUUUCUUGGACAAACGUAUUCCUUAGAAGAUUAUGCGCCCGUGGUUAUCCGAGUGACAAAUGAAGAUCAUCAAAAUAAACUUUCAAACGAGUUCAAGAUGAAAGGACACAACAUAAGCAUCGUUGGAGACAAGUUUAUGAUAGACGGGAAGCCUCUACACAUCAUAUCAGGGUCAUUGCACUACUUCAGGGUCCCUGCAGUGUAUUGGCGUGACCGACUGCAUAAGUUCAAAGCCGCUGGUCUCAACACAGUUGCUACGUACGUAGAAUGGAGUUACCAUGAGCCCGAGGAGAGACAGUAUAAUUUCGAAGGAGAUCGUGACUUGGUGAGAUUUGUUCAGACAGCGGCCGAAGUAGGCUUGCACGUUCUACUAAGAGUUGGUCCCUACAUCUGUGCUGAAAGAGAUUUAGGAGGAUUACCGUAUUGGCUACUCGGAAAGUAUCCGAAUAUAAAACUUCGUACAACCGACAAAGAUUUCAUCGCGGAGAGCGACAUAUGGUUGAAGAAACUAUUCGAACAAGUCUCACAUUUGUUAUUCGGAAAUGGUGGACCUAUUAUCUUAGUACAGGUGGAGAACGAAUACGGCAGUUAUGAUAGCGACCUGGCAUACAAGGAAAAGAUGCGGGAUCUGAUAAGCGCCCACGUCGGGGAUAAGGCUUUGCUAUACACCACAGAUGGACCGAGCCUAGUCGGCGCCGGCAUGAUCCCAGGAGUGCACGCCACCAUCGACUUCGGUGUUACAUCACAACCAACGGAGCAGUUCGACAGCCUGUUUCACCUGAGGCCGGCUCCCGGGCCGCUCAUGAACUCCGAAUUCUACCCGGGCUGGCUGACGCACUGGGGCGAGCGUAUGGCGCGCGUUGGCACCAACGACAUUGUGCUCACAUUGCGUAACAUGAUCGUUAAUAAAAUACACGUCAAUUUUUAUGUAUUCUUUGGUGGAAGUAAUUUUGAGUUCACAUCAGGAGCGAAUUUCGAUGGAACGUACCAGCCCGACAUAACCUCGUACGACUACGACGCUCCCCUGUCCGAAGCCGGCGACCCUACCCCAAAAUAUUUUGCCAUCAGAGAAACAUUGAAACAGUUGAAUUUCGUGGAUGAGAAAAUUGAGCCGCCACAGCCCAGCCCUAAAGGUCGGUACGGUGCCGUGCCCGUCGCAGCGAAACUCAGUAUAAUGUCCCCGAAGGGUCGCUGCGACUUGGGGAAGAGAUACGAAGACGUGUCGGGCGGAACUUUGCCGACUUUCGAAGAGCUGAGGCAAAGAAGCGGCUUGGUUUUAUACGAGACGACACUCAACGAAACCGAAGGGAUCCUUGUCCUCAACAAGCCGCGUGACCUGGUCUUCGUCUUUGUGGAUGGGAAACCACAAGGCGUAUUGAGUCGGAUGCACAAGAAAUACCAUUUGCGUAUAAGUUCGACGGCCGGCAGUAAGCUGUCCCUCCUAGUCGAGAACCAAGGCCGUAUUAAUUACGGCACGCUACUACACGACCGUAAGGGAAUUUUAAGUGAAGUUAUUUACAACAAUAAAGUUAUUGGAGGCAAAUGGAGUAUUACUGGAUAUCCGCUAGAGACGGUUCAGUUUAACUCUUCUGUGAGCGAAGUUACCCAAGGCCCAACGUUUUAUGAGGGUACAUUUGUGUUACCAGAGGGUCAAAAACCAUUGGAUACGUUUUUGGAUACUACGGGAUGGGAUAAGGGCUACGUUUGGGUGAACGGUCACAAUCUAGGACGGUACUGGCCCGGAGUCGGUCCCCAGGUCACUCUCUACGUCCCCGGAGUUUGGCUGCUCGAAGCGCCGCAACCGAACGUGCUACAAAUACUUGAACUGAACAAACCUUCGGACAGCUCAACCAUGGAGUUCAUAGACAAUCCUAUUCUAAACCGGACUGGAAAUUUACACGCGUGGAAGUUUCCUUAGCGGCGGACAAGUUACAGAUUACGCUUAUUUUUAAAUAGCACACAGCCGUAAUAAUUAUAUUGUGUGUGCCUAUCUACGUAUAUUCACAGAGUUUUGAAUAUCAUUAUAUAUUUUUUUAAAAACAAA